CCUCUUCCCAGCUCCUCGACCCCUCCACCCCUCCUUCCCUCCAUCUUCCAUGGCCGGCACAAAACGCACCUGGGACGGUCAACCACUCGAACCCGCAACCAUGACCUCCUCCACCGCUUCUGCGCCGGUGUCCAUCCAGAGCAUGUUCGAAACCUUCCGGAAUGAACUCGACGAACACCACGACCGGCGCGAACGCCUAAUCAAAACCAGCCGCGACAUCACAGCACUCAGCAAGAAGAUAAUCUUCUCCCUCCAACGAAUCCGCACCCCGAACCACCCCCUCCCCACCACCAUCGCCACCGAAACCACCAGCCGCUUCACGCAAAUCACCAAACUCUUCGAGUCGACCCUCCCCGACCUCACGACCCUAAACCGCCACCGCUACCAGCGCCAACUCAGCGGCGCGAUCCAGGAGUUCAUCGAGGCGCUCUCCUUCCGCCACUACCUGACCACGCAGACGCUCAUCACCCUCCCGGAAGUGCGCCGCCACCUGCCGGCGGGCAUCCCGCUGACGGAGGACGAUUACCUGAUGGGGGUGUUCGAUUUGACGGGCGAGGUGAUGCGGUUCGCGGUGACGGGGUUGUCGACCGCCACCAUCGAGGGCCAUCAUCCAGAUCAUACCGGUCAGGGGCAGGGGCACGGGCAGGGGGAUGCGUCGAUGGGCGAUGAUGGCGACGACGCCACGGCAGGGAAGGAGGGGGCCCCGAAAACGAUCCACCUCCGGCCCGAGCAGAACGCCAUCGUCGUGGAUCUCCGGGCGAUGCGCGCGGCCAUCGAGCUCCUGAGCAUCCCGCGCAGGCAUGCCGCGAGCAUGUUCCGGGAUAUCGGCCGGAAGACGGAGGUGAUGCAGGGGUCGGUGGAGAAGGUGGAGCGCGCGGCGUAUGGGAUCUUGGUGCGCGGGAGCGAGCGGCCGAAGGGGUGGAGGCCGGAUUUGGGGGGCGCGGCGGUUGAGGAAGCUUAUUGAUUCAGUGGCUGGGAGGACAAAUUGUUGUGUGGUUGGGUGUUACAUGCUAUGUGUAUGUGUAAGAUUAGAACUGUUUUCGGAGUACUCGAGUACAUCUGCCAAAGGUUAGGAGUGUGGACAGUGAGGAAUAAAUUAAUCUUAAUAAUAGCACUAGCACGAUCAGAACUGGUUGUACACUGCUACACCAGCAGCAGCAGCAGCAGGUACUAAAUACCUACCACGAACCCAACAAAAAAAAAACGAGAAUGAAAUACUACGCAACUUCAAACAAACAAACAAACGCCAGCCAGCCAGCCAGCAUCAACCAGACCAC